AUGAAUGACGAAGCUACAUCUUCUGCAUUGCUAGAACAAUUAGUUUACAUCGAUAACUAUAUAAAUGGACAGAGCAACACUGAUAGUUCUAUAGCGACGCCGAAUAUCGAUGUUGAUGGACAGUUGAGUUUGGAUCUUGCUGCGUUUGCUGACGAUUCAUUUGUGUUUCCAGAUGAAGAAAAACCCAAGAAUUUGUUUUUUGACGACGAAGAGGAUGAGGAAAACGGAGGAGGAAGAGAUGGAGGACUUGAUGGAAAAAGAGAAACGAAGGAUGCAGGAGGCAAGAAGACUGGAGAUGCAAAGAGUUUGAGGAAUAAAGAUAAGAAACAGUUAAAAAGAGAUAUCGAUCAUUUGAGUGGAUGGAAUGUCUCCGACUUUACGGGGGCAAACACUAAUAAUAACGGUAGCAAUAAUAAUGGCAAUAGCAAUAAUCAUAAUACGAUACCGAUGAACAAUGUGGGAAGCAGUAGUAUUCACGGGAAAAGCAAGUUUAAUGGAAAUAGCGAUUUUUUCAUAAAGCAAGAGCCAGAAAUGGAACCAUUUGUACAACAACAACAACUACAACAACAGCAACUGCAUCUGCAACUACAUCUGCAACUGCAUCCCCACCUUCAACAUUUUCACCAUGGUCAACAUCCCCAGCUGCAAACACACCUUCUACCUCAAUUUCAAGGUGUCGAUGAUCAUGUUCAGCCAUCUCUUGCUCUUCCACCAGAUAACAUCAACAAUAACAAUAUCGAACAUGGCUAUUCACAAGGAGCUGAAGAAGAUGGACAUAAUAUUUUAAAUUUGAGAGAGUUGCCAAAAUUCCCAGUGCCACCUGGUGCUAAGUCUUCGCUAGUUAGUGCUGGGCUAUCACAGAAUCAAAUCGAUUUACUAAGUGCUUUGGUGGCUCAACAUCAAGCGAGUAUGGGAAAGCGUAUCCCACCUCGCGAGCAACAACUUCAGCAACUUCAGCACCAACUUCAACAUCAGCAACAACAACAACAACAACAACACGGACCACAAGUGGCAAAUAUUGAUCCUACUUUACAAGGAGAAUUUGUGGCAGAUACAGCAGCAACGAGUGCAACUGCUGCUAUUGCAAAUGGCUCAUUUUCUCAGCAACAACACCAACAGCAACAACAACAGCAGCAACAGCAGCAGCAACAACACCAACUCCUAUCAAACUCUUACAUUGCCCCCAUAACACCAAACGUGUCUGUUCUGCCGGCAGAAAUACCAGCCAACUCAAACAAUCAAGUCAAUUCCAUUUUGCAAUUAUCGCAGCCCAAUGUCUCGCAGUUUCUUCAAUCACAGAGUAAUUUGCAACAAAGUACAAAUCCACGUCCACACAAUCAUCGCCAAAAUAGUCUUGCGCUGAUUCCAGAUACCAUUGUUGCCAAUUCAAACAUGGGUCAUUUAUCCAACACGGCACUGGCUUCUCGUCUAUCUAUUGCUUCGACUAGUUCAAACUUAUCUAGUCCCGAUGCUGCUGAAUUGGAUAAAAAGAGGCGAAACACAGCGGCUUCGGCGCGAUUCCGGAUCAAGAAGAAAAUCAAGGAGCAACAAAUGGAGAACAAGAUUAGUUCGUUGCAAGGGUUGAUUGACCAAUUGGAGACAAAAUUGAAUAAUUUGGAGAUGGAGAAUAAGUUGUUGCGUAAUUUGAUUAUUGAAAAGGGAAGUCAAAAGGGUGAUGAUGAAGUGAAGUUGGUUAAGGAAAAGGCAAAACUGAAUCAGUAA